UAUCUGUGACUGAAGUGCAGUACAGUGGUGAUUACUGGUGAUGAAUAUGAGUCCCGCGCGCGUAAAAUUCACAACUUUUCGAGUUUAGUGAAUGUUGGGUGUUUGAUCAACAGCAUUGUUAAGUUUAAAAAAAUGCAUGUUUCAUGUCGCAUUUAACAUUCACUUGCAGAUCACGUUAUAAAACUGUGUUGGUAAAAUCUCCAAAAUAUAAUACGCUUGCAAUAUAAAUAAAAUCGUAUUAUUUUACCCAUAUUUACUAUAAAAAAAAUUAAAAAUGUCAACUACAAGCAAAGAAAAUAUAGGCAUGAUUCAACCAAGGAUGCCAUGGUACAAAUAUAUAACGGUGGAACCAACAAUGUUCUUCUACAUGAUGGCAUAUAUGAUCACAAAUGUAAUAGAGCAAACAUUUUAUGUCUUUCAAACGUGUCAUAUUAAUCAUGGCUAUAGUACAGAAAUAUGUUACAACAUUAGCAAACAUGCAGAUAUCAAUAAAGAAGUACAGGUGACAGUAUCAACAUUCCAUCAAUGGAACGGUAUAGCAAGUCAUGUUGUUCCUCUAUUUCUAGCCUUUUUCUUGGGCUCAUACAGUGAUAAAAGAGGACGAAAAAUUGUAUUAUUGGCUGGGCUACUGGGAAAAUUAUAUUUUUCCAUCAUGAUUACUGUGAAUACAAUGAAUGAUUGGCCUGUAGAAUAUGUGAUAUACACGGCUGCUCUACCAAGUGCACUGACCGGUGCUGACUUGGCUAUAUUUGCCGGAUGUUUUGCUUACAUAGCAGAUGUAUCUUCAGUAAAAAAUAGAACAUUGCGUGUUGGAAUAUUAGACGUAACUUAUUUAAGCACAUUGCCCAUGGGUAUAGCUAUAGGAAAUUUAUUAUACAAUAAGGUAGUAAAUAAGUCGUUCACGUCAAUGUUUGCAAUCAAUACAUUUCUAAUGGUUCUGGCGACGUUACAUUGUUUAAUAUUUCUCGAUUGGCAAACACGUCAAGAACAGAAGUCUCUAAAAGAAGCCGGCGUAAAGAACCCGUUUACUGAUUUCUUCGACACAAAUAAUAUCGUUCAGACUGUUGUUACGUUAACAAGAAGACGAUCGAACAAUAAAAGACUAUUUUUGUGGCUUUUGCUUACAUCGAUGGCAUUCUAUACAUUUCAAAGAGAUGAAAAACAAGUGAUGUACUUAUAUGCACAGACCGUCUUCAAAUGGAACGAAACCACAUAUAGCAACUUUAAAACGUACUUGAGCACAUUGUAUGUGAUUGCUAUGUUGUUUGGUAUACCUUUAAUGACUAAACUACUGAAGUGGAGGGACACGUUAAUAGUGAUGCUUGGUGCCGCAGCCCACAUAACCGGGCAUCUAGUGUAUGCUCACACCACAGUUGGAAAGAUGAUGUACGUGGGUGCUACGGCGGCGGCAUUAGGACCCAUUGUGGCACCACUCAUACGUUCCAUUACUUCAAAACUGUUACCGCCUGAUGAAAGAGGUGUAGCAUACGCUUUCUUAUCUGUCAUGGAGAACGCAGUAGCUAUAUUCGCGUCGAUCGUGUAUACGCAGAUUUAUAAUGCUACCAUCGGCACGGAAUACAUAAAUUCAAUAUUUUAUUUUACUAUAUCGACGCAAGUUAUAGUUUUUCUAAGUGCUUUCACAAUGGAUAUAUUGUUAAAAGGCAAAAAAUUUGAUGAUAUUAGUAACGAAGAAGAGAAAAGUAUUGCCAUGAGUUAAAUGUUAUCCAUGUUGAUUUGAUAUGUAAAAUAGCAAGUAAUUAUUUUAUUAUUAGAACUAAAUUUGCAAAAAGACGUCCCUUUCGUGUCUUAUUGUUAAGUGUUGAAUUAUAUCAGUUCCUAUUUCUUCUGUAGUUUUUAUGUGUACUUUUAAAUAAAAAGACUAAUACAAAAAAUGUAACAAUCCAUAGAAUCGGACAUCAACUAUAAGUCCUAAUGUCUUAUUUAAGUUUCUAAUCAAAUCUGUAUUGGUGUAAUUUUGUUUUGUCUGUUUCUGCUAAGUGUAGUAAAAUAAUAAUUAUGUAUUUAAUAAACUAAGCUUGGUGAUUUAUAGAAAUAUUUUGCUACAAAAGUUGCACAUGAUAAAAUAAAACAAAACAAUUUGAGGUGCAACAAUUUUUAUCAAUGUGUAUGUACAGAUUAGAUCCGCGAAUAUAAGAAUUGGGUCGCAUAUUUUAAAUCCGCGAAUAAGGAGCUUUUAUUGUACUAAGAAGCGUUUACUGUACCUACCAAAGCAUCCUAAGAGCAUAAGAUGAUUUUCUGUUACAAAGCGAAAUAUUAUAUACAUCAUAUUUACGGUUGUGUUAUCAUUUAGUUAUAUGGCUGUUAUGAAACGUUCUUACUGUGAUUACAAAUUAUUUAUACAUACGACGUACAAAUACGGGUGUGCAUUUGUGAUACUGGGUGAUAAAAAUAAUAUUAUGUAACUCUGACAAUUUUAUUCGAUAUUUAUUGAGCGUGAUCAGAUAAGAUUAUAAUAUCAAAUCUAGCUAAAUUUUUAUUGAUUUAAUAGAAAAGACAAGAUUUUAUUAAAAUCUGUUCAAUACCAGGUGUUAAGUUUCAAUUCUUAAUAAUAAUUAAAAAUAUAUAAAUAUUCAAUCAAAAAUAGUAGAAACUAUACUUUAGAUGUAAGAUAACAAGCAUUUUUUAACAUCUUCCAAUUGGUGUAUUUUAUAAUUUGUAAUACACAUAGUAAUUAUAUAUUUAAAUGUUAUAAAAAGCAACAUUAUUUGGGGUAUACAUAAUGUUUUGUAUUAGAAUAUUGUUAUUUGAAUAUACUUCUGUUAAAAUAUGAA